AUGAUGGCUAGAAUCGAACAGAACCAUCUGGCGCAAACGCCAAAUGGGAGGGAUCUGACAGACAGCGAGGAUCCCCACGGGGCCAAACUAGAGAGGGAGCAGGGUGACAGCGAAGGUUCCUUGAGCCUUCGCCGCCUGCUGGGCAUUCAAGCGCGCAACCUGUUCCCCCAGUCCCUCUCCCCCUGCACCCACGACCUCGCCGCCUACUUCACCCUUGCUGUCCCCGCCACUACUUACGGCUCCGAAAGCUCCCAGCCACAGUCGCACAGCGGCCCACCCCCAAAACUGCUCAUAAAGUCUAUUUCCUAUGACCCCGGUCCCCUUAAGAAGGAAUCGGAGACAAGCCGCUCGUCGGAGGGGGGUGAAAUCUUCUACAGCAGUGAGCUCGCAUGGGGCACCCUCGCGCCAGAAUGGGGCGUCAUCGACCUGGCGCUGAUGUCAUCGCACGCUUUGGCGCACUGCGGUCCGUUGCGAGUGUCCGUGUUCGUGGCGGCCACCGAACGGGGACAAAAUGGGGGCGCGGAAGAGGAGCAAGAUUGGGGCCGGGGGGGUGCUGCAGUGCAGGAAGUGGGGGGGGGAGGCAAUGAAAGCAAACUAGGAGAGGGGAGGUCCGUUUUGGAGGGGCUGCCGGCAACGGGGCAGCGACGAUGGGGGACACUCCCGGGAGGACGGAACUGGAAGGUGCGGAGGAGGGAGGGGGAAGAAGUUAGCGCGAUAUCAGCGAAAGGGGGCGAAAGCUCAAGAUUUCAGAAGGAUAGAGACAAUGAUGGGGAAGAAGACAAUGAGAUGGGAGGGGUAGUGGAGAUCGUGGAAGAAGAAGUUGUGCGGAUGGACGUGGAUCUACGACAUUUGGUGCGGCUGCAGUAUCCUCCCUGGGAGCUUAAUGCAGAUGGGGGGGUUAACGCCCUGCUGUUUCAGGCCCCCGAUGGGUGGUAUGUGUUACCGGACAGCCCCUUAGCCGCAGCGCACGAGUUAAACGGGUCAACGGAUGAUCAUGAAGGGGGGGGCGGGCACGGAAGGGGGGAAAAGAAGGUGGGAGUGCAAGUGACAUUGGAGGAGUUACAGGAGGGGGUGUAUGCGGCUGGGGGGGCGACGGCGCGGCUGGGGCGGGCGAGGGCGAGACGGGAUGCGAUGAAGGAGGCGGUUCGAUGCAGAGGAGAGGAACGGCAAGCGCUCUUCGAGAGAGCUGCGGCGGCCCAGAAGGCUCAUCGCCGAGUGGCAGCUCUGCGGGAGGAACUAGAGCGGGAGAAAAAUGCGCUCGCAGCUGCGCGCGCACGCAUCGAGGAGCGCAAAGCCGAGGUGCUUGAGCGCGCGCCGGGGCUGCUCGGGGCGGCAACCACGCUGGCGGGCGCGCGAAAACGACUAGAUGCUGCGGCGGCCCUCCUCGCCAGCGGCACCGGCCACGGCCACGUGGCACAACUACAGCACCGCCUGGCGGCCCGCCGGCGCCGUCUGCUCGGGCGCCUUCUCACUCUCUACCCCGCCCUUCUCCCCUGCGCCGUCACCCCAUUCGUGCCCCCCAGAACGAAACCGCCCCCCAGCGCAGCCGCGUCUCCCAGCCCCACCCCCCUCCACUCGCGCACUGUCUCUCAGAUCGACCUUGCACGCCCCCCCCCCUCCCUGUCGCCCCCCCUUCCAGACACCCCC